CAAAAUAAUCAUCAGUCAGUUGUAGGAAAGUCAAAUUAGAAAAAAUCACCAAACGUAAAUUUCAUUAUUACUUCUUGUAACUAAUUACAUUAGGUUUUUAUUGAGUUUAAAUGCAUAAAACGGUAGUGUUAGGACUGACGCUGCUCAUAUCGCUGCAGAUAGCAUGGUCAAAUGCUCAGUCCUACGAGGACAAACGUUGCAAAUGCAUCUGCCCCAGCAUCAAAUCGGUCAACAACAACACGGAAGAUGACUCAGACCGGAUGCUUAUAAUCGACAAUGUCCCACCCAACAAGUGCAACUGUGACGGAGUUAUUUUGCCUAGGGUAGCAGAUAGAAUCAAAGGCAAAGAGCAGGAAUUUUGUCCCCGCUGCGAUUGCAAGUACGAGAACAGAAACACCACCAUUAUUAAGGUGGUAGUCAUUAUUGUGAUCUGGAUCAUCUCCUUGCUGGUGAUAUACAUGCUAUUCCUGAUGUGUUUGGAUCCAUUGCUGAACAAACGGGUCAAGGCGAACUACCAGGAGCACACCAAUGAAGAUGAGGACACCUCAGUUACCGUGGGUAAUCAUAGCCAGGAUAUGCAGGUGCGAGACGGAAAUGUUCUUAACCGGGUUGGACACUCGCAGGAUAAGUGGAAGAGACAGGUGCGGGAGCAACGGCGCAAUAUUUAUGAUCGUCACACGAUGCUGAACUGAGGGCAUUAAAUCAGUCCGACGUAGAAAAAUUAUGUUAAUCUGUUGAUGGUGAAAACACAUUUGUAAUAGAACAAUAAAUGUACUGAAUAUUGCUUUGG